AUGCCGGCGCUCGUUCAAUCGGUGGAUGGGAGGAGGGAGAUGGUGUGCGUUGAUGGGGGCAUGGUGGCUAAUAACCCUACUGUAGCAGCGUUCCUUCACAUAGUCGCCAACCCAUCCACCUUCAAACCUCCCGGAGAAAACAACGAGAACGGUGCAAGCAACGGUGCGAGCAACAGUGCGAGCAUCAAGGGAAGCAACAACACAAGCAAUGCCGCAAGCAACGGUGCAGGCAGUACCGACGUUGGUGAAACGAGAGGUGGGGGGAUCAAUGCAUCAUCGGCAGCACCUGGUGCUGCAGCUCAUGCGUCGUCGUCUGCACCUGUUGCUGCUGCAGAUAGCCUUUCACAGGCAGCGGCAGGGCGUGGAGAAAUCUCACCUUCAGCAGCAAUGGCUGGUGCUGCAUCUGCUGAUGCGAGCUGCUUGUUAGCUGGAGACAUGGAGGAGGGAGCAGAGGUGGGGGCAAGCCCGCUGCUUAAUACUGCUUUGGAGGGGAUUACAGAGGGGAAGGAAGCAGCAGUGGAGGGGGGGGGAGGGAAAGCAGGAGCAGAGAGAGUGGGAGGGGAAGGAGGAGCAGGGAGCAGGGGAGGGGCGGGGGGAAGGCGAGGAGGGGGGAAAGAAGGAGGAGGAGGAGGAGCGGAAGGAGGGGAGGGAGGACUCGCGGAGAGUAGGAGAGGGGAAGGAGGGGAAGGAGGGGAAGGAGGAGCAAGAAUCGGGGGAGGGGUUGCAGUGGGCAGCAGUGAGGUGUGUGAGGAGCCUCUACCUCGACCCCGGUUGACAUUCCGAGAUGUGGUGGUGCUGUCGCUGGGAGCAGGCGAGCACAUGCGGCGAUACUCCGUUGACGACGUCAAGAAGUGGGGCCUCAUUGGAUGGGCGGAGCCAAUGGUGGAUGUGAUGGUGUGGGGUGGAGGCAACAUGGUGCAUGCUCAGAUGUGCCUCCUUGCCCUGGCGGAUGGUGCAAUAGACAACUACACACGCAUUGAGGUGCAAUCCCUGCCGUCCAUCUCAACCAGGAUGGACAACGCAUCACGGAGGAACAUCCAGCUGCUGCAGCGAGUGGCAGAGGACGCUCUUAAAGCCCACGGCAACGUCAUCCCCUCACUAGCGGGGGAGGUCUGCCAGCUGGCGCGCACCAAUGAGGAGCGGCUCGCUGCGCUGGCGGAUAGGCUGGUGGCGGAGUACAGCUUCGUAUCGUAUUUUUAUUUCCCCUCUCUCGCCAUCGUCACCCUCCUCUUCAUCGUCGGCCCCUCUCGUUCACCCCUCGACGUCCGUUUCUACCGCCGCUCAUCACGGUACUCCCUUCCAAUCACCCACAUCGCCGCCCUCGCGCUUGCCAUGACAUGCCCUCCCGUCGACCUACCUUUCUCCCAUCCCAUCACCCAUCUCGUCGCCCUUGCGCUCUCUCUGAAAUGCCCUUUCGCCGCUCAUGAUCCGUCCCUUCCCUUCUCGUCGCUCCGCUCUUUCCCCUCCCUUCCCGUCGCCCUCACUCUCUCCCCUCCCUUUUCGACGUUCUCGCUCUCGCCCUCCCUUCUUUUUGUUCUCGGUCUAUCCCCUCCCUACUCGUCGCUCUCGCUCUCUCCCCUCCCUUUCCGUCGAUCUCGCUCUCUCCCCUCCCUUGCAAUCGCCAUCUUACCUCCCCAAAUAGAUGUUCUCUUUCAAAAAAUAUUUCCCCCCCCUUCCCGUCGCCCUCGCUCGCUCCUCUUCCUUCCCCUCUCCUUUGCGCGCUCCCCCGUACCUUCCCGUCGCCAUCGCUCUCUUCUCUCCCGCCCCAUGUCCUUCGUUCUCUUCCCUCCCUUCCCGUCGACAUCGCUCUCUCCUCUCCCGCCCCAUGUCCUUCGUUCUCUUCCCUCCCUUCCCGUCGCCAUCGCUCUCUUCUCUCCCGCCCCUUGUCCUUCGUUCUCUUCCCUCCCUUCCCGUCGCAAUCGCUCUCUCCUCUCCCGCCCCAUGUCCUUCGUUCUCUUCCCUCCCUUCCCGUCGCAAUCGCUCUCUCCUCUCCCGCCCCAUGUCCUUCGUUCUCUUCCCUCCCUUCCCGUCGCAAUCGCUCUCUCCUCUCCCGCCCCAUGUCCUUCGUUCUCUUCCCUCCCUUCCCGUCGCCAUCGCUCUCUUCUCUCCCGCCCCAUGUCCUUUGUUCUCUUCCCUCCCUUCCCGUCGCCAUCGCUCUCUCCUCUCCCGCCCCAUUUCCUUCGCGCUCUCCCCUCCCUUCCCGUUGCUGUCGCUCUCUCGUCCCCCACCCAAUCUCCCCUCCCAUCGGCCAAUCCGUCACACUCGCGCUCGCUCUGA